UGACGCAGCUAGCCGUCCAUGGAGUGCAAUCUGUGUCGCGUUUCUACUGCCGGGUGCAGCCGGUGCCACCUAUGUAGACAAUAGAGGAGCGAAGCAAACACACAGUCUCACGCACAAAAAUACACAACACUCGAAUUUGAGCAGAGUCUCCGGGAGCGGAGAAAGAACAGGGCUUUAUUGAACAGCUUCUGUUUCGACAGGUUUUGCAACUGAACCCCCAACUAAAGAGACAAAGCAGUGAUGGAACAGUCCCUUUGAUUAACUAAACAGUGCACAAAGGCUGUGUGGAAUGGAUCAACAUCUCAACAUCCUACUGUACACCUCUGUCAUAUAUUGGAAAGAAGUUAUUCAAUAAUGGACUAAGAGCUGAAGGAAGUUUGCGAAAAAAGAUUUGAAGGUCAGUUUCAUGUUAUGUUUAACACCAGCCACCAAUGACUUCCAUGUUUACCAGAUCGUUUGGAACUUGGUCCAUCAAUUCGGCUUAGAAUGACAACAGCAAGAUAUAGGCCUACCUGGGACCUGGCACUGGAUCCCCUUGUGUCUUGUAAAUUGUGCCUUGGGGAAUACCCAUUGGAGCAAAUGACAACGUUAUCACAAUGUCAAUGUGUAUUCUGUACCCUGUGUCUGAAACAAUACGUGGAACUUUUAAUUAAAGAGGGCCUGGAAUCCUCAAUAAGCUGCCCCGAUGCUGCUUGCCCAAAGAGAGGUCAUCUACAGGAAAAUGAGAUUGAAUGUGUUGUUGCAGCAGAACUUAUGCAGAGGUAUAAAAGAUUGCAGUUUGAAAAAGAAGUGCUUUUGGAUCCAUGCCGAACCUGGUGCCCAUCCUCCACUUGCCAGUCUGUCUGCCAACUAAAGGAGGAACUACAGAAGCCCCAGUUGGUACAGUGUGCAGCCUGUAACUUGGAGUUUUGCUCCCUUUGCAAAGCGAACUGGCAUCCAGGGCAGGCUUGCCAAGAAAACCUGCCUGUUACCUCAUUUCUUCCUGGUGAAUCAAGCUCAUUCUUUGAAAAUGAUGAGGAGGACGAUGUUCCAAUCAAACGUUGCCCAAAGUGCAAAGUCUACAUUGAAAGAGACGAAGGCUGUGCACAGAUGAUGUGCAAAAACUGCAAGCACGCCUUUUGCUGGUAUUGUCUGGAAUCACUUGAUGAUGACUUUCUAUUAAUUCAUUACGAUAAAGGACCUUGCCGUAACAAACUUGGUCACACUCGUGCCUCUGUCAUUUGGCACAGAACCCAGGUAGUUGGAAUAUUUGCAGGCUUUGGUCUUUUGCUGUUAGUAGCGUCACCUUUCCUCCUACUGGCCACACCAUUUGUUCUUUGCUGCAAGUGCAAAUGUAACAAAGGGGAUGAUGAUCCUUUACCCACAUAGACCUGAUGCUCGGAAACAGGACAACAAUAUUUAAUGAACAUUUUUGUUGUUUUAACUGCAAUUUUAAACUGUCUUAUUUUAGCCCAUCAUAUAUCCCAGUGCCAAAAUUUGCUUUCCUGGUUUCCACCAUUUAAUCACACUCCAGAAUCUGAGAGUGCCAUAAGUUAAAACACAAAAUUUUAAACCCGGUUUCCCAGACAAAUUUACUUAUUCAAAUUAAUGAACAGAAAUGUGAUACUCUGCACGAAGGCUCUGGAAUAUGAAUGGUAAGCUCAGAAAAGUUCUCAUUUAAAUGGUUUCAAAAAAGCAAUAUCCUUAACAAGGUACUGCUCUUCACUUAAGUACAAAACAUAGGUUAUAUGAAGGAUGGAAAAAAGUGCAAUGUUGUGUUAAACAGAAAAUGCACAGCAGCUGCUUCAGAUUUUGUAAAAGCAAAAGGCACACUAAUAUUUUAGACCUGAUAUCAGAUUAGAAGGUUGUAAUAAGUCAGGUCAUCUAUUUAUCAAAAUAGGUGCAUUCUUAUAUUGCAAAAAACACACAUAUCGCUGACUCUAAAAGACCAAUAGUCUAGUUUACUGUAUAAAAGCCAUCAUAAGACAUUUUGUUGAUUUGAAUGAAACAUUUAAAUGUUUCUUAAUUAUUAGGUGAUUUACAGCUGCUUUUUACCUGAAUCCAUCUAUAGUAUCUCCAUCUUUAUAUGUUUUUAUUUUUUAACUUUCUAAAUUUGUAAAGGUGUGCGGAAUCUUAAUAGUUACCUGCAAUAAAAGGCUGAAGUUUC